AUAGAAACGACACGCCCACACCAGCGUCUGCUUUAGUGUUUGUCAGAUAGUGAGUGAGUCUUUCAGCUUAUCUGUAAUUCUACAGCAGCAAACAAACUGAAGGUUUAUAUGACAGUUUUCAGAGAGGUGCAGGACCAUGGUGGGAACAUUAAAUGAAUUAGUCCAGCUGAGAGACUCUGGGUUCGGUCGACCCCGGCCUAGACAUGGACUCAGACUCCUCUACUGGUUUGCCAAUGAAUGCGUUUCUUUUGAGAACAACAGCAUGCUCUCUGAAUGUGACCCAGCCGAGGGAGAUUUUGGUUUUCACUAUUUUCAGAACAGAUACGACCAAUAUGGGAAUAAACUUCUUCCAGACGAAGAGUUUCCUUACUAUGUGGUUGGGAAUCUAAAUUCACCAGGAGCUGAAGAUCUUCAUGAUUACGUCUCAGAGGACAAAUAUACUGACGAGCACAACAGCAACACGGAUCGCAUCAUCGUCAGUCUUGAUGAGGAGUGGUUUCAUAGAGUUUAUGUGACUCAACACCACGACCGAUCAAACUACGAUCCAAACGCCACUCACCGGAUCUCCAGAGGCCUUCUCAUGAUCAUCAGGAGAAUGAGUUUAUAUGAGUUUCUGGUGGAGAUGGGUUAUUAUUCAUACAUAGAGUAUGUCCCACCAAUGCCUGUCAUUAAUUACAGACCUCAAACUACAAACACAGUCAGUUCAGAUUUCACUGCGGUCACUCAAUCAGUCGGUCCUCCAGCACACAAUGAGCCUCCUGCAGCACAGAACAAUGACACCAUAAUCCAGUUAGAUGAUGACACGCCUAUGCAAGGGCCCUCAGAGAACUUACCCAAGAAGAAGGGAUUCUUUGAAAGAUUCUGCACCAUUCUUUAAAACAGGCCCAAAUGAAAUUACCAUAAAUUACCACAGGAUGUGCAUUACAGUGAUUGUGGCUGGACUCGCUGGUCAGUUUCAUGUUUCUCUGUCCAUUGCCUACAGAGACAGUAGUAAAUAAUGAACAUUAACAUAUUUUAUCAUCAUCUUGCAACCAUAAAGACUGCAUUCACAAGCUGAUCAUCAAUAAUAAUUUGAAGAAUUCAAAUGAACUUGUGCAUGUGUGUUAUAAUGCAGCCUGUAUCAGCUUAAAGUGGCUGUUUACAUGCAACAAAAUAAUGUUUGUAAUCGGAUUGACAGCUCAAUCGGACUGAAAAGCCUUCAUGUAAACACCUUAAUCGAUACAACUGAGCUCGAUCGGAAUAAAAUUUAGAUUGGAUUGAAAGGGGUGGUUUAUUCCUUUUCUAAUAUGAUUGAGAGUGCAUGUAAAUACUCGAUUAGAUUGAACCCCGAAACUGAAAGCACUGCGUGCAAUGACGCAGAAAUAGCGUAAUGACGUAUGACAUGCAGAACGAACAGCUCUUCCUUUUAAAUAAAGUGUUGUAUAAAUGCGUGUUCUGUCAUUAAAAAAAAACUUUGCUUUCGUUCUGCAACAGUGUUGCCAAGUCCGCGGUUUUCCUGUGGAAUUGGGCUACUUUAGCACUGUUUCCGUGGGUUGUUUUUCAUGUCUGUGGGUUUAAGCAACCACAAGAACAUGAUAUUUAGCCCCUAAAAGUGAAUAUUACCAGGGAAACCCCACCAUAAAACAUGUAUUUACCCCCCAGAAAGCGAUAUGUACUGGGGGACCCGCUUCAAAACGCGAUUGGGCUAGUUUUGAGUAGCAAUUGGGCGGGUUUUGUUGUGAAAACCUGGCAACCCUGCUCGGCAACUGUGAAGUCGAGCAGGACAACCUCCCACCAGUCCUUGUUUUGGAUUCUCAUCCACAGGCUAGAGGUCUACACGGAGGACCCGGGACCCGACCUGGGAUCCAUACGGGUUCAUGGCUAUAUUUUAACAUUGUCUGUUUAACAUUGUGUGUAAUACCAGAGUCGUUUGGACUCAGAGAACACCUGGCAGUUAUCAAAGUCAGUCAGCGCCAUGCCUGUGUUGUUUUGUAACUUUCAACUUGUAAAAUUAGGAUGAGAAAAGUGUCGGUAAUCUGAAAUAAGGUGGGAAAACAAAUGAUGCAAUGACUUUACCUUGACAACUGGCUUUUUUUAUUUAGACAGCGGGACUUAUUCCGCCAUACUACGCUUUGCAGAUUCUCUAAUUUUUAUAAUAAUAUUACGAAUGAACCGUCUUGUUAGCCCUAUAUCUACAUUUUUUGCUCAGACUCGGCUCAGAGAGCACAGAGAUGAUAGCAAAUAAGUACAGCUAACGUCUGUAGCAAUGGCACUGGACGAGCAGUCGUUAAUAGGCUAUAAUCCAUGGGCAAACAGUCUAAAUUAUUAUGCAAGUUGACUCGUGAAACAAAAAAUGCAAAACUGCAAAGUCACAUUUGUCAUCCGUCACCGUGACAGCGUGGACUUGGACUUUUGAAGAUGGAAUAAUGAGUGGAUUAAGCAUUUCAAUUGGCAACAGAGGAAUAACAUGGAUGGAACUUUCUUGGCAAGGAGGAUUGUGUGCAUCAGUCAGAUGCAAGGGAGAAGGCUACUUACAUUAGGCAAGACAAAAAGUUUAAUUUUCGCAACUUGUUUAUCAUCUUGUUAAUAGCAAUUUGCUGUGGAAUAUGUGCCGAUCGGGUCCAGUCGGGUCUGUAUCUUCCCGGCUGGGUUCGGGUCCAGCUUUCAAAUAAUUGACGCUCUGUGUCAGUUCCGGGUAGUACAUUUUUGACAUAUCUCGUUUCUGCACGGGCCCGGGUCCAACUUUCAAAAUAAUAUACGGGUCCGGGUCAGUUCAGUGUAACACAUUUACGGGUCUCUUCGGGUUCGGGUACGAGUUUUUGGACCCGUGUAGACCUCUACCACAGGCAACCCUUUUUGGGCAUAGGGAGGGGCAUUUUUACUGCAUGAUAAAUAUGAGCAGCACGGCACAGCGGUUAUAUGUACAGUUAUCCAUAAAUGGAUAAAUAUUAAUUCUGCUAUUAAAAACAAAUAAAGAAACCAUGUAGGAGACUGGUUAUUAUGUGCAAAUUGUGAGAAACUCUAUAUUUGUGCAGUGUGCGCAUGUCAA